AUGUAUCAAGCAACGGUAGAUCGUGCAGAGGUCCAGCAACAGUACGAGUUUAGUCUCAUGGAGGAGUAUGCCCGAGGCGAGAAGGCGCGAUUGGGGAUCCACACACCCGGGACUACCCUCGACUACAGGCAGCCUCAAGCCUCCUCUUCCACCCAGAUCCCGCUCCCAAGCAGCAGCGAGGAUCCGCUUGCGGGACCGGGCGAGCCCGCGUCUCAAGACUCUUCAAUGCCCUUCACUCUUCCAUUGCCCAAGGUGCGGCACCGGAAGCUCAGCGUGAGCUCGCCCGCACCACGAAGGGGCAAGAUGGCACUGUUCGAGCAGGGCGCCCCUCCGCCGUCCAUCGUGUUGCGCGCCCCUCACCUCGCGAUGGGCACCACUCUUAGCGCAGUCCCGUCCUACGACAACCUGGGCGACUCCCACCGAGGGACCCAAGAUGCGGCGGCACACGGCAUGGGGGGAGGGCCUGGGUCAGGGCACGACAGACCGUACCGCUUCUCGUUCUACUCCAACUCGCUCUCGGCCACGAUCCACGCGCGCAGCCUUUCUGAGCUGCCGGCGGACGGCCAGAGCUUUGAGGAUAUGUUCAUGGGCCGUAACCACUCUCAUGACGCCUCCGACCCCACAAGCGCGCGACCGUCGAUUCUCCAGCGAGCGAAUGCGAGCUUACCUGGAUCCAUCCCCACGUCCGGCGCGACAUCGCCUGUUCCGCCGCUAGGCAUGUCGAGUGGCAUUUCCAAGCUUAUGCCGGGAAUGCCAGGGGCUCCAGGAGAACGCCGGCCGGGAGAUGGGACGGGUACAGACUCCACAUGGUGGCUGGACGUGCUCGCUCCCACGGACGAUGAGAUGAAGUUGCUCAGCAAGGUGUUCUCUAUCCACCCGCUCACGACGGAAGAUAUUCAGAUGGAAGAAACUCGCGAGAAGAUCGAGCUCUUCCGGAAUUACUAUCUCGUCUGUUUCCGCAGUUUCGACCAGGACCCAUACAGUCCAACGCACUUGGAGCCGCUCAACAUGUACAUCAUUGUUUUCCGUGACGGCAUCCUUUCCUUCCAUUUCAGACCCACACCUCAUCCGCAAAACGUGCGUCGGCGAAUCAAGCAGCUUAAAGACUACAUCAGCGUCACGUCCGACUGGAUUUCCUAUGCGCUGAUUGAUGACAUCACCGACGCCUUCGGUCCGCUCAUCCAGAGCAUCGAGUACGAGGUUGACAGCAUCGACGAGCUGGUACUCAUUCUGAAAGAGGCGGAGCAGAGCGAUAUGCUCAGGCGAAUCGGGACAUGCCGCAAGAAGGUUAUGGGCCUUCUCCGGCUCAUGGGCAACAAGGCGGAUGUCGUAAAAGGCUUGGCCAAGCGGUGCAACGAGAACUGGCGCGUCGCGCCGACGUCCGACAUUGGCCUAUACCUCUCCGACAUCCAGGACCACCUGAUCACGAUGACCCAGAACCUGAACCACUACGAGAAGAUCCUGUCGCGCUCGCACUCGAACUACCUCGCCCAGAUCUCGAUCGAGAUGACGGACGCGAACAAUCAGAUCAACGACGUGCUCUCGAAGCUGACCGCGCUCGGUACCGUGCUCAUCCCGAUGAACCUGGUCACCGGUCUAUGGGGGAUGAACGUGCAUGUGCCGGGGCAGGACGUUCAGAGCUUGCAAUGGUUCGGUGCCAUUAUCGCCUGCCUCGCCGCAUUUGCCGUGAUCGCGGGCUGGUCAACGUACAAGCUCAUGGUGCACCGGUGA